UCUCACACAGUGAACUUGAUUCCAGGCUCCGUCUAUAUUAAGCUUUUUCCGCCUUCCCAUUUCUCUCAUUCUAUUUUCACAUUACAACAAUGGCGGUUUCUGCCUCUUUCCUUCCUCCUCUUCCAUGUCUCAAACCUACCCUUUCUUCCUACAAACAUUUGUGUCCCAAAGCCUGUGCUGGAAACUUUGAAGGCGAUGAGGGUUGUAAUAAAAUGAGGAUAAGGAAAGAAAACGAUGGCUGGAAGAUCGAUUUCUCUGGGAAGAAACCGGCAACGCCAUUGUUGGACACCAUCAAUUACCCUCUUCAUAUGAAGAACUUAUCAACAAGGGAACUUGAACAACUGGCGGCAGAGGUUAGAGCUGAUAUUGUGCACACAGUAUCUAAGACCGGAGGGCAUCUUAGCUCAAGCUUAGGUGUGGUGGAGUUGACAAUAGCUUUACACCAUGUAUUCGACACACCUGAUGAUAAAAUUAUAUGGGAUGUUGGGCAUCAGGCAUACCCUCAUAAAAUCCUGACAGGAAGAAGGUCCAGGAUGCAUACCAUAAGAAAAACUUCAGGGCUUGCAGGGUUUCCUAAAAGGGAUGAAAGUGUUUAUGAUACUUUUGGUGCUGGACAUAGUUCCACUAGCAUAUCAGCUGGACUUGGUAUGGCAGUGGCUAGAGACCUUUUGAAGAAGAAAAACAAUGUGAUUUCAGUGAUUGGAGAUGGAGCUAUGACUGCUGGACUUGCAUAUGAGGCUAUGAAUAAUGCAGGGUUCCUUGAUUCGAACUUGAUCGUCGUGUUGAACGACAAUAAACAAGUGUCUCUACCUACUGCAACUCUACAAGGUCCUGCUACUCCUGUUGGAGCUCUUAGUAGGGCUUUAACCAAGAUUCAGGCAAGCGCCAAGUUCCGAAAACUUCGGGAGAAAGCAAAAGGCCUAACUAAGCAAAUUGGGGGUCAAACACAUGAAAUUGCAGCAAAAGUAGAUGAGUAUGCAAGAGGAAUGAUUAGUGCUUCUGGUUCCACUCUCUUUGAGGAACUAGGCCUAUAUUAUAUCGGUCCGGUUGAUGGACACAAUAUUGAAGAUUUAGUAGCUAUGUUUGAGAAAGUGAAAGCGAUGCCUGCCCCGGGGCCGGUCCUAAUCCACAUUGUGACAGAGAAAGGAAAGGGAUAUCCCCCAGCUGAGGCAGCAAUUGAUAAAAUGCAUGGUGUUGUAAAUUUCGACAUGGAAACAGGCAAGCAGUUUAAGUCCAAGUCCUCUAUACUGUCGUAUACUCAGUACUUUGCUGAGUCGCUCAUCAAAGAAGCUGAGGCUGAUGACAAGAUUGUAGCCAUCCAUGCAGCAAUGGGUGGGGGAACAGGUCUCAAUUUCUUCCAGAAAAGGUUCCCGGACCGCUGCUUUGAUGUGGGGAUUGCCGAGCAACACGCAGUUACUUUUGCAGCUGGUUUAGCCACCGAGGGUCUCAAGCCAUUCUGUGCUAUCUACUCAUCAUUCUUGCAACGGGGAUACGAUCAGGUGGUUCAUGAUGUGGAUCUUCAGAAAUUACCUGUACGGUUCGCAAUGGAUCGAGCUGGUUUGGUUGGAGCAGAUGGACCUACCCACUGUGGUGCAUUUGACAUUACAUACAUGGCUUGCUUGCCAAACAUGGUGGUAAUGGCUCCAUCCGAUGAGGCCGAGCUCAUGCAUAUGGUUGCAACAGCAGCAGCCAUCGAUGACAGACCAAGCUGUUUCAGAUUCCCUAGAGGAAAUGGCACUGGAGUGGUUAUCCCACAUGAUUACAAAGGAACUCCACUUGAGAUUGGGAAAGGAAGAAUAAUUAUGGCAGGCAACAGAGUAGCCAUCCUGGGAUAUGGUUCAAUAGUUCAACAAUGCAUGGAAGCAGCAAACAUGCUGAGAUCACAAAACAUAUACAUAACAGUAGCUGAUGCAAGAUUCUGUAAGCCUCUAGACGGGGAUCUCAUCAAGCAAUUAGCAAAUGAGCAUGAGAUUCUUAUUACUGUGGAAGAAGGUUCCAUUGGAGGUUUUGGCUCUCAUGUAUCACAUUUCUUGAGCUUGACUGGUAUUUUGGAUGGACCUCUCAAGUUAAGAGCAAUGGUGCUUCCAGAUAGAUACAUAGAUCAUGGAUCAUCCCAAGACCAGAUAGAAGAAGCAGGGCUGUCUUCAAGGCAUAUCUCUGCAACAGUCCUAUCUAUGCUAGGAAGGCCAAAACAAGCCAUGCAGUUCAAGUAGAGCACACAAAUGGAACAUUAGAUAUGUAUUAAGCAUAUAUAUCUAGGAUUAGAGAAACAAAGAUAUAGAAAAUCUAACAUUAAAGUUCUCAAUAUACAAGUGCAAGUUCCAGAGUGGAAUAGCUGUAUUGUAAUGAAUAAGUGCAUAAAAGAAAUGGAGGUUUGCAGUAGAUGAAGAAUAUAAUCCCCCCAACCCAACCACCCCCAAGAAAAGAAAAAAUAUGAAGCAAUUAUUUGAUAUUA